AUGGCAAAGACUCAAGGAAAGGUCAUCACUUGCAAAGCUGCUGUUGCAUGGGGUCCAAAAGAGCCGCUUGUUAUACAAGAUAUAUGCGUUGAUCCUCCUCAAAAGAUGGAAGUCCGAGUUAAAAUCCUUUACUCCUCCAUUUGCCACACCGAUCUUGGAGCAUGGACUGGCGUGAACGAAGCUGAGCGAGCAUUUCCAAGGAUUCUUGGCCACGAAGCUGUCGGGGUGGUGGAAAGUGUAGGAGAAGGAGUUAAAGAUGUUAAAGAAGGAGACUAUGUGAUUCCAGUUUUUAAUGGAGAAUGUGGUGAAUGUAGAGUGUGUAAAAAAGAAGAGAGUAAUCUUUGUGAAAAAUAUCAUGUGGAUCCUAUGAAGAGAGUGAUGGUAAGUGAUGGAGGGACGAGAUUCUCCACCACCACAAUCAAGGACGGUGAUUCAAGCCAGAGCCAACCAAUUUAUCACUUCCUUAACACUUCAACAUUCACCGAGUACACUGUUUUGGAUUCGGCUUGUGUUGUCAAGAUCGAUCCUAAAGCUCCUCUCAAGCAUAUGAGCCUCUUGAGUUGUGGCGUCUCCACUGGGGUAGGUGCAGCUUGGAACAUUGCAAACGUGAAGGAAGGAACAACGAUCGUUGUUUUGGAUUGGGUAGCUGAAGGUGCUAAAGCAAGAGGAGUUUCUAGGAUCAUUGGUGUUGAUGCUAAUCCUUCCAAAUUUGAUAAAGGUAAACUGAUGGGAGUAACAGACUUCAUAAAUCCAAAAGACUUAACUAGACCAGCACAUGAGAUGAUUCGAGAGAUAACCGGAGGAGGUGUGGAUUAUAGUUUCGAAUGCACAGGGAACGUUGAUGUUCUUCGCGAAGCAUUUUUAUCUACCCAUGCUGGUUGGGGAUCAACAGUGCUAGUGGGAAUAUAUCUGACGCCAAGAACAUUACCUCUUCAUCCAAUGGAGCUUUUUGAUGGACGUACAAUCAUUGGUUCUGUUUUCGGCGGCUUUAAAGCUAAAUCCCAGCUUCCAGAUUUUGCCCAACAAUGCAUGAAAGGGGUUGUGAAAUUGGAGCCUUUUAUUACUAACGAGCUUCCAUUUGAAAAGAUAAAUGAUGCAUUUCAGCUUCUUCGUGAUGGAAAAUCUCUUCGAUGUCUUCUUCAAAUCUCCAAAUUUCUCAGUAAAUGA